CUAGCCAGCGUGUCGACGGUACUCUGACUGCCGCCAUGAUGACGAGUUUUGCCACCUUGACCUAUGUCUUACUUCUCAUGGCACUAGUCAUCUUAUGCACUAUUAUCAAACAAUUUUGGUGCAAAAGCGGCAAAGGAAAAUCCGAGCCGCUCCCACUCCCUCCAGGGCCCGCAUCGUGGCCAGUGGUCGGCUGCGCCCCACACAUGGUCUGGAACAAGCCCACUGCCCGGUGGAUCCUUCGUUGGAUGGAGGAGAUGGACACCGGCAUCGCAUGCUUCCGCAUAGGGAAUACGCACGUCAUUACCGUAACCGACCCUAAGAUCGCCCAGGAGUUCCUCAAGAAGCAAGAUGCCACGUUUGCGUCGAGGCCUGGCUUGAUGGCGGCACGAGCGUUCAGUGGUGGCUACGUGACAGCCGUCAUCUCUCCCUAUGGGGAGCAGUGGAAGAAGAUGAGGCGGGUCUUAACGUCAGAGAUAAUAUGCCCGGCGCGACACAAGUGGCUCCACGACAAGAGGGCCGAGGAGGCCGACAACCUAGUGAAGCAUGUCUUCAACCAAUGCAAAAGCCUAGGGCAGGUGAACUUGAGGCAUACAACAAGGCACUACUGUGGGAAUAUGAUAAGAAGGUUGGUGUUCAACAAGAGGUAUUUUGGCAAAGGAAGGAAAGAUGGAGGACCAACCAUUGAUGAAGAACAACAUGUGGACGCACUAUUCAAUGCGCUAAAUUAUCUCUAUGCAUUCUGUGUUUCGGAUUACUUCCCAUUCCUGGUGGGGCUUGACCUUGAUGGGCAUGAAAAGGUAGUGAAAGAUUGGACGAGGACUUUUCAGAGGUUGCAUGAGCCCAUAAUAAACGACAGAAUCAAACGACGGAGGGACGAUUCGAGUUUGCAGAGCAAUAGAACAGAUCCUCAAGACUUGUUGGAUGUUCUUGUUAUGCUUAAAGACUCACAAGGGAAGCCAUUGCUAACGCCUCAUGAAGUCAAAGCACAGGCAACGGAAAUUAUGAUGGCCGCGGUGGACAAUCCAUCAAACGCAGUGGAAUGGGCAAUGGCGGAGAUGAUAAAUCGGCCUGAACUCCUUAAGAAAGCCAAAGAAGAAAUAGAUAGGGUUGUGGGAAAGGAGAGAUUAGUGCAAGAGUCCGAUAUCCCCCAGCUCAACUACAUCAAAGCAUGUGCUAGGGAGGCCUUUAGGCUCCACCCAAUCGCACCCUUCAAUGUCCCGCACGUCGCCCUGUCGGAUGCGGUCAUGGCCGGCUACCGUAUCCCCAAGGGAAGCCACAUCCUCAUUAGCCGGCUGGGUCUUGGCAGAAACCCUGAAGUGUGGGACGAACCCCUCAAGUUCAAGCCUGAGCGGCAUAUCACAAGUGACACCGAGGAAGUCUUGCUCGCAGAGCCCGACCUGCGAUUCAUUUCCUUCAGCACGGGCCGGCGCGGGUGCAUCGCCACGCAGCUUGGGACAACGAUGACAGUGAUGCUUCUUGCUAGGCUAAUCCAGGGUUUUAACUGGAGUCCACUCGCUAAUGAUUCGAGCAUCAAUCUUAAAGAGUCAAAGGAUGACUUGUCCCUCGCCGAGCCAUUGGUUGCUCAAGCCAAGCCGUGCUUGGUAAAACAUCUCUAUCCAAAAUAGAGAAGUAUGUGACUUUAGGAUGUGCAGGACAUGUGUAUUGGGAACCUUGAUCUUUCCAUGUGACAUCUCAGAA